AUGUCUAACCCCAUCUUUCUCGGUAUCAUUGGUGUCGGAGGUGUUGGCUCUGCCUUCAUCAGCCAGCUCGCCCGUCUCCCCAACCCCCCUAUUCUCGUCCUCCUCGCUCGCUCGACCCAGACUCUUCUGGCUCCCGCCCCGGAGUACAGCCCCCCCAUCCCCGCCGCCGACUGGAAGUUCGCCGUCGAGUCCCCCUCCCUAACCAAGACUGGUCCUUUGUCUCCUGAAGAGAUCUCCGCGUACCUCGCCUCUGCCCCCGGCCGCUCCAUCCUCGUCGACAACACCAGUGACCCCACCAUCGCCGGCUCCUACCCCACCUUCCUCCGCAAGGGUAUCUCCGUCGUCACCCCCAACAAGAAGGGUUUCUCCUCCGACCUUGCUCUGUGGAAGAACAUCUUCGACGCUGCCUCCCAGGGCAACGCUCUCGUCUACCACGAGAGCACCGUCGGCGCUGGUCUCCCCGUCCUCUCCACCCUGCGCGACCUGGUCGCUACCGGCGACGAGGUCACUCGCAUUGAGGGUGUGUUCUCGGGCACCCUGUCCUUCCUCUUCAACACCUUCGCCCCCUCUUCGGGUUCUUCGUCCGCCAAGUGGAGCGAUGUGGUCUCUCAGGCCAAGGAGCUGGGAUACACAGAGCCAGACCCGCGUGAUGACCUGAACGGCAUGGACGUGGCGCGCAAGCUCACUAUCCUGGCACGCAUUGCUGGUGUGGAAGUUGAGAGCCCCGAUUCUUUCCCCAUCGAGUCUUUGAUUCCCGCUGAGCUGGCCGGCUUGCCGUCAACCUCGGAGGGCAUUUCGCAGUUCAUGGGCCGCUUGCCCGAAUUUGACGGCCAGAUGACCGCCAUCAAGGAGGGCGCUGAGAAGCAAGGCAAGGUUGUGCGGUACGUUGGUAGCAUUGAUGUGGGCAAGAAGGAGGUCCGUGUCGGUCUGCAGUACUUUGACUCGGACAGCGCCAUUGCCGGACUCAAGGGCAGCGACAACAUCAUCAGCUUCUACACCAAGCGGUACGGAAGCAACCCUCUGAUCGUUCAGGGAGCCGGAGCUGGUGGUGAAGUGACUGCCCACGGUGUGACUGCCGACCUGCUGAAGGUGGUUGAGAGAUUGUAA